AUCCCAUGGCCAUGGGCCGGCUAUGGCUUCCAAGGCAAACCAGCCUUUGUUGUUGUUGUUGUUGUUUAUACAACCACUGUCAUGCAUCUUUGCCCUAUGCCUUGAUUUUCUUGGAUUUGAGAUUUCACGUUGGCAACAUCCGCAUUAGAUUCUUAACCAACUCUCUCGCCUGUGCCAUUCUUCGCCCUCUUUUUUUCUAAACUGACGCCGAGUGAAUAGAACCUCUGUACUGCUUACCCACUGCCUUUUGGCCACGUGUCACCCAUUCUUUCCAAGUUAUCAAGAAGCUGAAAUUAUUAUUUUUUAUUUUCUCGCUAUUAAGGACAAAAUUUGUAUGUGGGGUCCACCACUGAUGUAGGACCCGCCAUAAACUCUUUUCCCCUAAUUUAACGGCAUUGGAUUCUCCGCGUUAAUUUUAACGGAGAUUCCUUUAUCGCCGUCAAAGAAUGGUUUGGAAAAAAAAUUCUAAAAAAGGAUCAGCCACAACGUUGUCGAUAACAAGGACCAAAAAGCGACCAAUGACCGCCUUUCCUUUGCCACGUAGGAUUAUUCGUAUUUUCCUACGUGGCACUCGUAUUAAUACAGAAAUAAAAUACAGCCACAAAUUUCUGCGAAGAAAAGGAAAGUAACAUGCUUAUCUUCCACCAUGUGGUUAAUUGACGAAUUUGUCCUUUAUGUGACCUGAUUGGAUCCUUCAUCCUUGCCAUCGGACUAGAUUGUUCCUUCCUACCGGUCAUAACUGGUGAAGUUUAUGGUGAAUACCGAUAGGUCCGGUAACCUGGGGUCUGGUAUAAGUGUUGGGGUUUAAGCAGAAGUUGGGUGAUUUUCAGAGGGUUUUGGCGAUCAGUGACAAAACAAAGAGAAAAUAAAUUAUUUUCUUUUUGAAUUAAGAAUUUUGAGAGAAUCCCAAAUGGCUUUUGUUUAACAUACACAGAGAAACCUUCCCCUUUUGUUUUCGCGGGAAAAUAUGGGAUAGAAAAUGGAAGAGAGUAUUGUUUUUUCCUACUGGGAAGAAAAUUUUCAAUUUUGUUAGUUCUUUCUGCGAUCUUACGUUUAGCUGCGAAUUUCGUGUUUUGAGCGAACAUUUCAUUGUUUAGAGGUGGGUCCUUUUGUGUUUGGUUGCCGAGAAAUGGUGAGAAAGUGGAAGGAAAAUUGGAUUUUGGGUCUAACCUUAGUUGAGACAUAUACUUGUAUCUCUUGGAAAUUGAUUUAAGAAUGCUGGUGAAUUGCAUAUGAUGGGUUCUUUGUGGUGUGAUCUUUGAGAUAUGGUGUUGCAUAAGAGGUUAGACUAUGGAUUCAAUGGCUAUCAGGUGCCUGCUAUUCCGCGAGCAACCAGAUCAGCCAGGAAAAGGGUUCCAUUUAGAAAGAGAGUUGAUGAUCAAAUAAGUGCAUUUGACUUACUGGCUACUGUAGCUGGAAAGUUUUUACUAGAUAAAGAAAGUACUCCUGCUUCUAGUAAUAAAUUGAGUGCUGAAGAUCAGUCUGCAGUUGGGAAAAAUACUGUAAAAGUGGAAAGGCGGGAUGGGGAUCGGUCAUUGAAGCUAGAAACUUGCAAACAAGACAGCACUGAUAGGGAAUUAUUGGUUUCUGAACUUGUUUUACAAACCAAUGAUCCAAACUAUAGUUCUAGGAAAUCACAAAGCAUUCAAAAUGAUGCCCAUUUUGGAUUUGCCUCUGUUAUAUCAACUUCUGAUUGCUCAGAAAGAGUUGAUGCUCAGAAGUUGAUGAAUGGUAAAAUCAAGAAUGAAAUGGGAAGUUUGUCUUGUAAGGUAGAGACAGGUUCCUUUGUGUGUGGGACAGCCGGUGAUUUUAUUAAACCAGAGUCUGAAAUUAAAGGGCUGAUAGAUGAGGAGCUGGAUAGAGCUGAUAAGGUUUCCAUUGUAGAAUUGGCUGAUACAUGCCCCUUAGAGGAUCCAGUAGUCGUGGAUGGUAAACCUCCCGCUCUAGUUAGUUCAGACAGUAGUGGUAAGUCAUGUUCAUGUGGGGACCACAAUCCCCUUAGUUCUUUUCCUGCAAAACGGGAUGAUGUAAAUGUAGUUAGUAGAGAUGAUGACGAAAAGUCUUCAGGUUGUACUCACCCUAGCCCAAUAAAAAAAUCAUUUAGGCCAACACCUCGUAUUGGAGACCGAAGAAUAAGGAAGAUACUGUCUUCUAAGUACUGGAAAGUAGCUCCAAAAUUGAAGGAUGUGACGUAUUCCAAUUCUGAUGAGAAUUUGAAGUCUGCUUACUGCGAUAGGCAUUUAAGAUAUGAAAGAAACUACCCUUUCAAAAAAAGGAAGUUUUUACACUGUAGCUCAGUGUCAAAUUCGGAUGGAGGAAUCAGCAGUGAGGGCAUUUCUUAUUCACCCGAGAAGAGAAUCAAUGGAAAUGCUUCCAGUGUAUAUUCAAAGAAGCAUGGAGUCACUGGAGAAUCAUCUUCACUAGCAGACCAACACAAAUCUCACUCUAGGGAUUCUCACGUGAAGCUUAGGAUCAAAUCUUUCAGGGUGCCAGAAUUGUUUAUUGAAAUUCCAGAAUCUGCUACUGUUGGUUCAUUGAAGAGGACUGUCAUGGAGGCAGUGACAGCGAUACUUGGAGGUGGAUUGCGUGUUGGUGUACUUCUUCAAGGAAAGAAGGUUAGAGAUGACAAUAAAACUCUGCUGCAGAUGGGGAUUUCUUGUGAUAACCAGAUGGAUGCUCUGGGUUUUAGCCUGGAGCCUAACCCUUCACGAAAUUCCCCAUCUUUAUGUCCUGGAGGUUCUCCAAUAAUGCUUCCCUGUGAUACCCCUCUACCUCUAGCUAGAUAUCCAGCAACUUCCGGUUUAGGUAAUCAGGUUAAUUGUGAUGCCUCACCUGAGCCUCACAUGCCUAUUUUGGGCAACUUUGUUGAGAGUGAUCAUGAUUCUGCACCCUCACCUACUGACAUGUCAUUUGACAAAGGCGCAACUGAUUCUAAAGCCCUGGUAGCUGUGCCAGCAAUGACUAUGAAAGCACAAGCUGUGGUUCCAGCUCAUAGGAAAUCUAAGUAUUCUGAAGUUGUGCAGCGUAGAAUUCGUCGACCUUUCUCUGUUGCUGAAGUUGAAACUCUGGUUCAGGCUGUUGAGAUUCUUGGAACUGGAAGGUGGCGUGAUGUUAAAUUAAGAGCUUUUGAUAACGUGAAGCAUCGCACAUAUGUGGAUUUGAAGGAUAAGUGGAAAACGCUAGUGCACACGGCAAGAAUAUCCCCGCAGCAAAGGCGGGGAGAGCCGAUGCCCCAGGAGCUCUUGGACAGGGUCCUAAGCGCACACGCCUACUGGUCUCAGCAGCAAGCCAAGCAGCAACUGAAGCCACAUCAGCAGCAGCCAGAGAGCUGCCUUCUCGUCUAUAACUCUGAAAUAAGAGAUAGUAGCAGAAGUGAUUUUGGCCAAAAAAACUUAGGUUGAUGAUGGGUUUAGAGAAGGAUUGUCGAAUUAUUUUCCCUUCCUUCAUUGUCUUGUAUUUUUAUUGUUAUGAUGUAAAAAAGUUAUGACAAGGAAGAAACAGAAGUACCAAGAAAUCUGUAUAAUAUUUGAUCUUUCUCUAGCCCUGAUUCUUCCCUUGAAAUUAAGAGGCUUGGGCCUUCUGUAAAUUGGCUGUUGAUGAUGGAAUAAGAGCUUGCUAAAUUCGAAGCACUGAAUUCAGAUUAAGUUUUUUCUUUAUUUUA